AUGCUGUACAUCCGGCCAUUUGCGUUUGGGUCGUCUGAGAUGAUAGGGCUGAUGCCUCCCUCAGAAUUCACAUUCUGCGUCUUCGUCAAGCCUGUAUCCGCAUAUCAUGGCACCCUGGCCCAGGAUGCCUUGGUUCUUCUGAACUUCGACCGAGCCGCGCCACGAGGCCAGGGACACGCAAAGGUCGGUGGCAAUUAUGCUCCCGUUAUCAAAUGGAGCGAGAAGGCAAAGGCAGAUGGGUUCGGCAUGACGCUGCAUCUGGAUAGCAAAACCCGAACAGAAAUCGAUGAGUUUUCAACCAGUGGCUUUCUCGGCAUCAAGGUGUCUAACGAUGGGAGCGUAAAGGUCGUGGCACCUGACAGUCCUUGUAUCAUUAGAAGCAUAACCAGCGAUUGCUGUUUGCAACUUGCCAAGCACUACGGUUGGACUAUCGAGAAGAGACCAAUCAAAUACACCGAGCUCUCAGAAUUCUCCGAGGUAAUUGCCGUUGGCACUGCAGCUUCGGUGGUCUCCAUUCGAUCCAUCACCAACGAAGAAACCCAAGAAAGGUUCCGGUACCUAGAUCCAGCCAGCAAUCAGGGGCCCUUUGCUCGGGUGUUGUCGGUCGCCUUGGACGAUAUCAUGCGUUGCAAGGCUGCCGAUCUGUUUGGAUGGUGUCACCAAGUGGGAGAGCCUGCUCUGGAGCAGCCAGUUGAGGUCGAUAUUCACCAUAAAGUGGAGGAUACGAGCAAUUACUUCAGGACUGAUGGGAAGAAGGCCGUUUUCACUGAUAUUUUGAUGCUCUCUGGUUCAGGGUCGGGGGCCAGGCAUGCUUGUCACUAA